UUGUGGGACUGUUUCCGCAAAUUAUUAUUGCUUGUUUAGCCGGGCUGCUGGUGCCCGGCCGCAAUCGCAUUAGCAUCAGUUUUUGGCCGCACAAUUGCCCAGCGAAUUCAUAGAGAAAAUUAAUUAGUGACAUUAUAAAUAAAGCAUAAACAGUUUGGUGGCAAAUCAUUUGACAUUCGGCCGCUCGCAAGCGAACAGUGCGCGACAAACUAAAAGCGAAACGAAAACACAGAAGAAAUUAAUCGAAACAGAAACAAGAAUUAAAAAUAAAACAAAGGAAAACGAAUCUGAAAUCAAAACAAAAAACAACGCAAAUGCUCACAACUACGCCGGUCGCAUCAGCCAAUCACUAGCCGGUCACGUGGUCAGGGCAGGGGUAAUCAAUUUCCUCACAUACCUCAGCCGGUCUGCUUGCCAGCCUGUCUCGCCUGUCCGUCCCGUCUCUUCUAGACAUUUUCGCCUGUCACAUAAUUUGCUUGUUUCUUGUGCUCUUUGUGCUUUGUGUUUAUCACUAACUGCACUUCUCAGUCCGCCAAAGGGGGCGGUGGGCAGGUCGCGUGUGGCGGCCAUUGGCACAGGAAAUCAUCAGCUAUAAAUGCAGUUUCCCGACAAUGCCGGGCAGACGGCCAACCUGAGCAUAUAUGUUAUGCAUCAGUUCGUUUCGAAAUACAAAUAUUAAAUUAUUCUAUUGAGCUUAGCAGCGCGAAACAUUUAAAUUCGGCACAAUUUGCAGCCAGGUGAAAUUCAACAGUUAUUUUUAGCUGAUAAUCGAAAAGUGAAUUUAAAUACUUUGAAGCGCCGCGUUAAUUGAUCACACAAAUAUUAAAAUAUAUAUAGUAUAUACAAUUUUUUACGGCAGACGCGGUCAACUGAGAACUGUGUUAAUUUCAAAUCGGCAUAGAUUAAAGCAGCAGCAACAUGGCCAAGGAUUUGAGCACACUGGGCUGGGAUUACUUCAUGUUUGCGGCAUUUAUAGCGCUCACCGUCUUGGGACCACUCUGGACGCGCAUUUUCGGCAAAAGCAAGCAGCGCAGCAAGGCGGAUUAUGUGUUUGCCACAGGCGGCGUAUCCCUAGUGGCUGUUAUGAUAUCCAUAGCGCGUGGCACACUCGGCGUACGAUCGGUGCUAGGCUACCCCAGUGAACUCUACUAUCGCGGCUCGGCCAUGUGGGAGAUAAUAUACGGCAUGAUGAGUGCCUAUCCCAUUGUCUGCUUCAUGUUUGUGCCCGUCUACUUUAACCUCGGCAUCACAUCUGUCUAUCAGUACAUCGAUCUAAGAUUCAAGAGUCGCACCGUUCGCUGUCUCGCCUCGGCCACGUACAUUGUGAGGCAAAUCUGUAAUCUGGGCAUCACCGUAUAUACGCCCAGCGUGGCGCUCUCAGCGGUCAUUGGCAUACCCUACUGGGCCUCCAUACUGGGCAUGUCGGCCAUCUGCAUAUUCUUCACCAUUAUGGGUGGCCUCAAAGCAGCCAUCAAUGCUGACGUCAUUCAGACUAUCACCAUAUUGGUGGUAACAAUUGCGGUCUGCAUACAGGGCACAAUCUCUAGCGGCGGCCCCAAAAAGGUUUAUCAGCUGAACCGCGAUAAUGGCCGCUUAAGCUUCUGGAACUUCACCGGGGACUUAACCGUGCGCGUUGAUACCACCUCCGCCUGGCUGGGACAGCUUUUUAUGUCACUUUCACAAAUUGGUUGUCAGCAAAAUUUUAUGCAGCGCUAUGUCAGUCUAAAGUCACUAAAGGAGGUGCGCAGGGUCAUGCUGAGCAAUGUGCCCAUUGUUUUUAUAUUCUUUGCGCUCUCCUGGCUCUCUGGCAUGGUCAUAUAUUCCACAUACAUCAGCUGCGAUCCCUAUGCCGAAGGCUACAUUAAGAAACCCGAUGAGAUUUUGCCCUUUUUCGUUGAGGAUCAACUGGGCUAUCUACCCGGUUUUGUGGGCAUCUUUAUGGCUACCCUAUUCAACGGUGCACUCUGCAUGAUGGUAUCAAAUCUCAACUCUCUUGCCACCGUUUGCUGGGAGGACUUCGUAUCACAGCUCCCGAAAUUCAAGGGACUUAGCGACAAGCAACAAUUGAGAAUUAUAAAGAUAGUCACAGUUAUAUGUGGACUGAUUAUCAUGUGCGUUGCCUUCGGAGUGGGUCUGCUCUCUGGCGUCAUCGAGUCCUCGCUAUUAGUCUUCUCGGCCACGUCGGGCCCUCUGCUUGGUUGCUUUAUCUUGGCUAUGAUGGUGCCUGUGGCUAACUGGAAGGGCACAUCCGCUGGCAUGAUAACUGCAUGCGCCUUUGUCCUAUGGAUAAUUGGUGGUAGCAUGACCGUAGACAAACCCUCCACCAUGCUGCCCACUUCCACGGAGGGCUGCUCUAACUCAACCUUUUCACGGUCCAUUGGCAAGCCCAGCAACGGAAUAGAUGAGCUGCCUUGGCUACUGAAGCACACACCAGUCGACGGCUACAAUCAGACCUUCAUAGAUCCAACGCCCCGAAUUGCACAUGAGCGAAAUGCUUUGGAGACAUUCUAUUCGAUCAGCUUUAUGUACUACAGUUUGAUCGGUACAGCCUUGACGGUACUUAUUGGCACACUCAUCAGCUGCCUGACCCAGCACUCGGAUGAUGAAUACGAUGCAAAGCUGCUGCACCCGAUCAUUUUCCGUUGCUACGAACGCCUAAAUGUGCCCAAGCCUUACUAUAUUAAGCACGAGGAGGAAUCUGGUCUAAAUAGACGCAGCAGUAGCAACUCCUCAGCGACCACGAACUGCAAAGAGGAAAAGGUCAAUCACGCCUUCGAUGCCAGCGAGUCACACGGAAAGGAUAAGACGAAUCCCAUAGCUGUCGUGUUUACCAACUCUUCUUCCAAUGAGGAACGCAGCAACUCCAUCUGCGAUGCGAGCAGAAUACAGCUGGACACAGUUCCUUCGGGUGAAACGGGUAUCUAUCGGCAGCUUGGCUCAAAGACGACGUUUUGAGAUUUACUGAAACCCUCCGGAAAUACAAUAUAUAUAUACAUGUAUAUAUAAAUGAAAACGUAGUCUAUGUAUAAAUAGUCUAUAAUUUAUAAGUUAAGCCAUCGCGUAGACUAAUUUAUGAGGGGAAUUACUCAUGCACCUUCUGUGCAGAAUGUCGAUAAAGAUGCUGUGAUCAUUGUACAAGAGUAUACAUUUACGCAUCUGCAAUAUCAUUGAGGGAUAUUCUAUAGAUGCGUAAUGUAGAAACAAUUUAUGUCUAUGUACUUAUGUAUGUGUAAGC